AUGGAUAACCACGCAGAUGUUGUUGGCGUUGAGUUAGAGAGAAGUCAGGAGCGCGAUACACGCCAAGGAAGUGAUCACGAGCGCCACGCAGUAUCUCGCGCUUUGGAGACUCUUUCACUCACUUGGGAAUCACUUGGGAAUCCCGAAGAACGUGAGACGCGACUUAGUGCAGACCGCUCACAGCAUGCUCUAGCUCGGUCUUUGGAGACAGACGAGCAGCGCGAGCAGCGCAACGAGCUUGCUCGGCAAAGAUAUCACGACAUGCGUGUUGAAGUGUCUCUUCAUUCCACGCAAGAACGUGAGCGGAUUCAGGAAAUUCGGGCAAGCCAGUCAGCCGAACAGCGUGUGGACCAAAUUGAUCUAGACCGUAUACAUCGCAAUCUUUGCAAUUCAUCCUCAUCUGAUAUUGAGUCUAUGGUUUAUGAUCCUGAAGAACAACCGUGGUUCAAUAAAGAAUGGAGCGCGUUUUCCUAUAACCCAUUUAUUAAUUACAUCGAACACGGAGAUAUUGGCACCACAUCUGAGGUUUGUGCACACUGUCACGCGCGUAAGUGGAAGGAAGAAACUAAGGGAAUGUGUUGGGCGUCUGGAAAGUAUCCCACAUACCGCGCUGCUUGCGUAGCACGCCACCUUCUCGACGGUGAUCAGCACUGGGACAACGCACUUAAAGAGGCCAGCAUUAGUGACAGUCCCAGUCGUUUGCGACAUCUGUUUGCCGUCAUGUUUGUGUUCUGCGGUUUUGCAAAUCCACUUCUGUUGUGGGAGAAAUAUCGACAUCUUCUGUCCGAAGACUUCCUAAGAGCUCCGAGAUGCACGACUGGAGAUAAUACUGAGUCAACUGAUGAGCGCGUUCUAAACAGUUGCCUUAGUUCACUUCAAGACAUGGUCAUUUCGAUCGGCGGCAGUUUUCUGGUGGAUUAUGGGCUACCGACUCCAUAA